AUGGAUGCAAUUCAAGACGUCAGAGAGCCACGUAAACUCGCUCGAUGCCUUAUUCCCGAUACAAGUCCGGUAGAUGCUGUUCAAGCUCUUGAAUUCGGCAGUCCAAGAAUUGGUUUCGCUAAGGAUAUUCGCGGGUUCCUCACAUUGUUUGUCGCUAAGCAUCAAGACACAAACUGUGCUACUUCCAGCAUAGAGGUGUCCUUAGACGGAGACGGUGUUAUCAUCAAAUCCGCGUUACCAGCAUUAGGUGAAAUCCAUCUUUCAGAUCAGGAUCUAAAAACCCUCAACGGAAACGUGGUUUUCUCACACAACGACCUGGAACCACGAAACCUGCUUGUAAGAAGAUGGCAAGCCCAAGAUGGCCUGCUGUACGAGCUCGCUGCUAUAAUCGAUUGGGAAAUGGCGGGCUUCUUCCCUUCAGCAUUCGAAACAGCUAUCAAAGAAACUUCACUAGGUAACUGCAACCAGCACUUGGACUUUUAUCUCAUGUUCAAAAAGAAGACACGUCAUAUGAUAUCAGGCGGAGAAGCUUCCGAGAAGCUGGUCAAAGCCGUGCAUCUCAUCGCUGAGUCCAGCGCCAGGCAGAACACCGGUAUUAGUGCGGAGAUCCGUCGCCGGUGGCUUAUGAGGGAGAAUUUGGAGCAAAGUGACAAUGUGCUAGAAGGUUGGAUACCCAAGACUGUUGGGGAUAGUAUGGAGCGACCUUUGCGUCCUUUUCAAAAGGAAGAUAACAAUGAGCUUACACAACGGGUACUGAAGGAUCUUGGGAAGAAAUGA